UCGAAGCAACAAAGUGACUGCGUGCAAAAAGUGUCAAUUCGAAAUCGUACAUAAUAGAGCAAAAAGAAAAGAAAAUCGUGGAUCAAUGAUGAUGAUGUAAUAAAGAAAGAGAGAAUAGUGCACACACAGCAUCAAGUGAUACAAACAAAUGGUCGGAAAUCGUAAAGCGACACCACAACCAAAUCCGUUCACGUAAGACAGAGACGUAAGAUUUAACCGUAUAAUCGAUUCGAAGGGUUUCUUGUGUAUUGCCAUUUUUAUUGAAAUACGAUAAAAAAUAGAGCGUCAGUGGGAAAAAAAAGCGAAUCGAAAAAAGGGAAAACCUUUUGCUCAUGCCGAUAUCAAUUCAAUCAGUCGCUAUAGGAUAUCGAAUCCACAUUGACGGAUUUUUCACUUUUUCCUUUUCGGUCCGUGUUUUUUUAGUUCAUCCUUUCUUUCAUUUAAGUUCCAUUGUGUUUGAAUGACCAAAAGAUUCGAAGUGUAAACUCCAUCUUGGAAUUUGGUCCCGGAUUUUGUUUGGUUUUCAAAAUUUUGCCAUUUCGUUUUUAUUGACACAAGCGGUAAAGUUUUCUGAUUAAAACAAUAGACAAUGUUGCCAGUAUCGCAAUAAUUAAUGUGCAGUGAUAUCAAAAAUCAAAUCCAAGCAAAUGACUUUUAAAAUUUCGAUGCCAAGUGAAUUGAGUUGCUGUUAAUGCACAAGCCACAACUAUUAUGUCCAGACGAAAACAACUGCGACCAUUCAAAGUACAAGAUGAUGAUGAUGACAGCAAUACAAACCAAAUCAAGAGUGCAGAUAACGGUCUUUCAACGUCAUCGAACGGUCAUAGCAACGAUAAAGUACAGACACUCAAUCAAGCAUACGACGGAAGCGAGGAUUCGUCGAAACAUACUUUAGACCCACACGUUGGUAAAAAUGAGAAAGGUAGAGUUUGUUGCGAAACGAAUGAAAAUAAAACCGAUGAAAAUGAAAAAUGCCAAGACAGUGCCAAUAACAACGAGAAUAUCGAUCAAAAUUCGAGAAAAUCAGAUUCCGAAAACGUUGCACAGGAGCAUCUCACCCUCGAAGCGUUGGAAAAUACAAAAGUUGCCAUGGCAGAAUUUGCAAUGGCCGCACUAUCGAAAGGAGCAAAUGAAAAUUCAAUCAAAGAUUUGACAAUGCUACAAUCAGCAUUGUUUACAUUGCAACAUCAACAAGUUUUUCAAAUGCAAUUAAUCGAACAACUGCAAUUUCAACUGGCCAAAGCAAAUGCGAGAAAUGACAAAAAACGCGUCACAUUCUCAGAGCCAAUACAAAAUAAAGAUGAGAAUAGUAGCGAGCACCAAGAUGACGUUUUUUGCAAAAGUUCGAUUGAUGGUGAUACAGCUGCAAUAAGUGAAAAGAACAAAGAAACAGAAGAAGUACAAGAUGAAGAAUUAGAAUCAAAAAUCGAAUCAAAAACCGAAGAAAAUAUUAAAUCCGAGCUCGAACCAACAUCACAGACGUGUAAUAUAAGUUCGACACUUGCUUCGAAUAUAAUCACAAAUCAUGACACAAAUGUACCAUCAAAUGAAACAAAUUCACUGCAACUUCUACAAAAACGUGCCGAAGAAGUAUUAGAUUCAGCAUCACAAAGCUUUACAACCGGCAAUCUAAUCGAUGAGCUUUCAUAUCGAACUGGUGCUUUCUUUAACGAUGGCCCAACCGAUCCAGCUUUAAAGCAUCGAUGUCGUUAUUGUGGUAAGAUUUUUGGGUCCGAUUCAGCGCUACAAAUACAUCUUCGUUCGCACACAGGCGAACGGCCAUUCGUGUGUAGAGUUUGUGGAAGCCGUUUUACUACAAAAGGCAAUUUAAAAGUUCAUUAUCAACGGCAUGCCGAAACAAUGGAUUUCACAGACGAUUUAAAGAAAGAUAUACGAGCGCCUUCAUAUGUAUCACAAAUAAAAUCAAAAUCACUUUCAGACGAAACAUUCGAUUUACCGCAGAAAAAGGUGGAAAAGGAAGACUAUGAUUUGAAUGAGACAAAAUGUUCGCAAGCUUCUGAGUCACCAAAUCGAUUUGAUGAUGAUACACCACGUCAUUUUUUGAGUUUCGACCUAGAGUAUUCGUCAACAAAGAAAAAAGCGUGGGAAAAAUAUAUGGAAAUUGUUGACACACCAAAAGCGUAUGAACUGCAACAAGACGAAGCUUAUCGGGUUGAUCCGAACAAAUGUCCGAUUUGUAAUCGAUUGUUGUCGUGUCGAAGUGCUUUGCGACAACACUAUCGAACGCAUACGGGUGAAAGACCGUUUCGAUGUCGACUCUGUGCCCGGUCAUUCACUACAAAAGGCAAUCUAAAAACGCAUAUCGGAGUUCAUAAGAUUAACCCACUUUUGAAUCCAGUGCACAAUUGUACAAUGUGUAGCAAAAAAUAUUCAACAGCUCAUGUGCUACAGCAACACAUAAAUACGCAUACGGGAGCUCCAAUUGAUAUGACCAUCGAUCAAAUUCGAGCCGCCGAAGUACGGGACUUUGUGUCACACGAUUCACUAACCGAUCUUUAUGGAUCGAAUUCAUCAUUGGGCGAUUACAAUGAAACCAGAGACAAUUCACUGGACUUUGAAACACAGUCCAAAAAUGAAUCGGAAAUUCGAAGUAAAAUACCGAAAGUAAUCGAUUUAUCAGACUCGGAAGAUUCAAAGAGUCGAACGAAACGAACGGCACCAGAUUAUGAAAAAGAAAUUGAACAUCUACGGAAGAACUUGAGUUAUGACGGCUCACCGGAACCAAAACGACGAUGCAGCGAUACCGAGAAAAACCCGAAAGCUGACACACCGAGAGGAAUGGAUUUUUUCACAAAAUUUUCACCAAUUUUUACAUCGGCUUCAGUUCCAUUGUCGUCGCCUUCGCCUUCACUUCUUAGCGGCAAUAUUAAUUCAUUAUUAGCUGCGAACUCGUUUAGUCCAGUUGGAUUUUCAACAGGCGUUCGUGGUAAUACAACGUGCAAUAUCUGUUUCAAGACAUUGGCUUGUCAGUCAGCUCUUGAAAUUCAUUAUCGCAGUCACACAAAGGAAAAACCGUAUCUGUGCCAGUUGUGCAAUCGUGGAUUCUCAACCAAGGGUAAUAUGAAACAACACAUGUUGACACACAAAAUUCGGGAUAUGCCGCAACAUGUGUUCCGAAAUUCCACACAAUCACCAUCAUCGGAUAGCAACAAUUCACUGUCAGUCUCUGGCUUCCAAUCGCAACAGCAACAGCAACAGCAGCAGAACGAUACCCAACCAGCUGAAACUGCACACAAUCUCGAUGACACAGUUAACGAGAAUCGCCAAUUAAAGGCGUCCACACAUGAAAAAGACUACAAUGAUUUUGACAAGAACGCUGAUGCUGUCACUGUUGCUGAUCAAAGCAAUCCAACGUACUUAUCAUCGGAUGAUUCAGGCUCAAUGUCAUCGCCCAUUCAAAUGAAAAACGAUGAAAAUGAGACAAUUGAAAUUGGCGUCGACGAUAAUGAUAAAAUUAAAAGCGAUACAUGCGAGACAAACAUUCCGACAAAAACGAAAAACGAUUCUCAAACGGAAAUCCAUAAUGGAAUCGCACGAAAAACGAAAAUUAAAGAUUCAUAUCGAGACUAUUGCAAAUUAUGUAGCAAACACUUUGGAUCAGCUUCAGCACUCGAAACUCAUAUACGAUCACAUACUGGCCAAAAACCAUUCACCUGCAUAAUAUGCGAAAAAUCAUUUUCGACCAAAGGCAAUUUAAAGGUUCAUAUGCAGGCGCAUUCUUGGCCAAAUGAACCAAAUCGAAACCAUCGAAUGUCGCUUGACAUGCCAAAUCAUUUUCCAUCGAUGAGUCCAUACGCUCUUCACCGGCCGGCUGAUCUUUUUAACCCAUUUAUUGCAAACGCAGCCGCUCUACAGCAAAAGUUACAUGAAGCCAAUUUGUAUCAAAAAUAUGCGUCAAACAUGAGAGAAUUCACAGCCGACAUUCUAAAAAAUAAUGACGAACAAUCAUCGUUACAUCGUAAUUUAUUUGGGCUAGCACACUUACCAUUUCAAAUGUUUAACGACCACAUCGAUAACGGUUCGAUGAAAAACAAAUAGAACAAAUCUUAUUUAUAUGACAAGAAUGAAGAGAACAAGGUGGACGACAAUGACAAUGAAAUAGAAAUGUUUCAAUCAUCAUCGAAAAUAAAAUCAAUCAUAUCGCAUUUUUCAAAAAAAAAAAAAAA